AUGAGAUACGCAAUCUCUCGACCAAGCGAGUAUCUCGUGCUUACGGGUGCUGGGAUCGAUGAUAUACGGAUAUGCAAGAAAGCCAUUGUCAUGCCAUGGCAGCGGCUGACUUCUCGUUCUACAAUCAAGUGUGCAAGAAUCUCUGUCGCGCCUUUCGACUUCUCUCUCAACCUCCAAGCCAUGACUACUGAAAAGCUGCAGUUCUCACUGCCAGCAGUCUUUACAAUCGGCCCAGAUAAUGAAGCCGACGCCCUGAAGAAAUAUGCGUUGCUUCUGUCCGGCAGCACCUCCGAGGCUGAUUUUGCUAAGGCCAAGGAUCUGACGGACCCAACAAGACGAGGUCAUGUCCAAGACAUUGUCAAGGGUAUCAUUGAAGGCGAGACCCGUGUCAUCGUCUCCAGCAUGACCAUGGAAGAGAUAUUCAAGGAGAGACAAGUUUUCAAGACAAAGGUCAUUCGAAACGUCCAGAGCGAGCUUCAGCAAUUUGGACUGAAAAUUUAUAACGCCAACGUGAAGGAGCUUCAGGAUACGCCAGGCAGCGAGUACUUCGCCUUCCUAAGCCGUAAAGCUCAUGAAGGUGCCCUCAACCAGGCGAAGAUUGAUGUGGCUGAGGCACGGAUGAGGGGAGAAAUUGGUGAGGCCGAAAAGAAAGGACGAGCGAAACAGGAGAUCUCGAAGAUCGAUGCCGACACUGCAGUUUUGGAGACAAAGCGGAAGGCCGAAAAGGCCAAGGCUGACUCUGAGCUCAUGAACCAAAUGAGGGAUGCAGAGCUGCAGAAACAGGUUGAGUCCAAGCGUGCAGAAACAGAGCUCGAACGCCUGCGAGCCGUGGAAGUCACGAAAAGCAAGGUCGCACGCGAGUCUGCUCAAGAAAAUGCAGACGCUUCCUUCUAUACGGAGCAGAAAGCUGCAGAUGCACAGCUAUACAGACGGAAGAUGGAAGCCGACGCGACCUAUUAUCGCCAGAGCAAAGAGACAGACGCCGCCUUUUAUCAGCAGAAGCGCGAAGCAGAAGGGAUUCUAGAAAUGGCCAAAGCAUAUGGCGCGCUCGUCGAAGUUCUCGGUGGCCCUCAGGCUUUCCUGCAGUACAGGAUGCUAGAGACCGGCACUUACGAGAAGUUGGCUCAGGCAAAUGGUCUCGCUAUUCAAGGUCUUAACCCCAGGAUCACUACAUGGAACACUGGAAAUGGGUCCAGCUCCAAUGACGCGAUGGGCCCAAUCAGGGACAUUAUGCAGAGCCUUCCGCCCCUUUUCAGCACAAUCCAUGAACAGACUGGCAUUUCACCGCCGACUUGGUUGGCUCAGAUGCCUUCUGUUCAGCAAACCAGUCAUGCGGCAGUUCCACGAAUAUAUUCACAGUUCCACCAUGACAUUAUGAACCCCCAGGCACUGGAAGGACCAUCGCUCAAUGUUUAUCAACCUGUUAUUGUCCAGUAG